CCGGUGUGUACAAAUCAGAUAUUAUAACAUGUCUUGAAACUAUGAAAACAGUAACCAGGUACAAUGUUCUCGAUGGAAGCAUUUCGCUGAAAUAUGCACACUAAGCAGUUCUUGUGGCUUGAUUAGACGUGAAGAAAGAACAAUCUUGAUAGUGAUUACAACAUGGGGUGCAACCAAUCAAAGCCUUUCCGUUGCCCAAGAUGUGAUCACAAGUUUGUCAGCUCAGAUGACAUCCUGUACCACAUUGAAAAGCAGCAUCCUUCUCAGAAUUUAUCUUGCCCAAAAUGUAAUUUGAAAGGUUUCAAAGACUGUACUGAUCUGAUCAAACAUGUUGAAGGAAGUCAUAGCAUAGCAAAUAUGCCAAACGAAAUUGUUUGUUCAAAGUGUAACCAAAAGGGUUUCAAGGAUGGUGCUGAACUUCUGAACCAUUAUGAACAAACACAUGUGCACACACCCAAUCAAAUUGUAAAACAAGUAGAUAAACCAGUGGCACUGCAUGGUACAAAAAACACCAACCACAGCUCUCAUAUACAAUCAAAGCCAAAUAAAGUGGGCAACAAGUCUUUGCCUCGCGUUGGAGACAAAGUUCUUGCUAUGUGGGAGCACACAAAAUGGCAGUACUUUGAUGCCACAAUUCGAAGGUUUUUACAUGAAAAGCUGCAAUAUGAAAUAGACUGGGAUGACCAAGACACCACUGGACGAUUUGUUGACUACUUUAACCUUGCAUUAGAUAGAAGCCCAGACCCCAAUGAAAUCUCCAUUGGUAGCAUUAUUUUGUUUCAGCAAGGCAGUUACUCUGGAAGCGCUGGAGGAGCUACUGCUGGGGUUCGGUGGCAUGAAGGCAAAAUUACACAUAUAAGGAAAAAUGAGCGUGGGGAAAGACUGUUUGAUGGAUGCCAUACAAAGGGAAUGGCAGAUGGAAAAUGGAUCACCUAUGGUGGUUAUAAUUACACAUUUGCUGGGAAAAAGCUUGAAGAACUCAGAAUUGGUCCCAAUGUGUUUGAUAUACUUGAUGACCUUGAUUCAGAAGAAAACGGUUUGCCUGAAGACGACAUUGACAUAUAUUUCUCAUAUUCUGUCACAGACAGUCCCACAGCUAUAAAGAACAAUGAAACUCUGGAGGCGCCUGAACGGUACUUACCAGUGCUAGACAGGCUUUGUGAUCCACGUGACAUUAUGACACAUUUAAGGAAAAAAGGAUUGAAGAUUGGAGAAAGAAAAGCAAACACCGGCGAGGAGUUAAAAAAGACUGCCAUUAUGAUGAAAAAGGCGAAGGUCUUUGUGGCAUGCAUCAGUGACCAGUAUGUGGCCAACAAUGAAUGCCGGAUGGAAUUCCAAUAUGCUAAAACUACCCUUGGCACGCCGAUUGUGCCACUUGUAGUUGGGGAUGGGUCAUUUGAUUGGACUUUGUCUGUUGUUGGCAUGCUGAUCGCUGGAGAGCUGUACAUCCACUUUAAAGAUAGGACUGUCGAGAACGACAAACUAACUGAAUUGCUUCAGGCCCUAAAAGCGCAUUUUGGCAAGAUAGCAGACAUAACUAGCUCAGGGGGUGACGUUCAGCUUGCUAAAGGUGAAGCAGACAUAUUUCUGUCAUACAAUUGGACAAAUUCACAAAUUGCUGAAAAAGCUAAGCAGAUCACUGGGUCGGUUGGUAAUGAAUUUUCCGAUCCGCGUUUGGUGAAAAACGAGCUGCAAAAAGCUGGCUUCAAUGUUUGGAUUGACAUUGAAAGACUUAGGUCAGCCAACCAAGGGGCAGGCAUGUAUGAGCAACUUACAAAAGCACUGAAGGACUGCAAAGUAUUCGUGCCUUGCGUAAGCCUUGAAUAUGCAAACAGCCCUAACUGUCGAAUGGAGUUUCAGUUCGCUAUGAAAUCAUUGAAAAAGCCAGUGGUUCCCAUUAUUGUUGGCAAGGGAGAUCAGUGGACAUCUUCAGUAAUUGGUGCUCUGAUUGCAGGCAGUGGCAAAGAAGCUAUAGACUUUCAGGAUGCAUUUGAGAAACAAACAUUUACAAAGAAACUGGAGCAGUGUAUCGAGGAAUUGAAUAAAGCUCUCAAUAUCAAAUCGUCACCAACGGUAGAAACCAAGAAUGUAAAUUAUCGCGCACCAAAAGUCGGUGACCAUGUUGUAUGUCAUCACUUCAAUUGUGCAUACUACAUGGCGACAGUUGAAAGUUUCAAUACAUCAACACUUGAAUACACAGUUAACUGGGACGAUGGUGACCCAAGUGGGCGUGUCCAGCCUUAUAAUCAGGUUGCCUUAGAUCUUCUACCGGAUUCUGAUGAUGUGGGUGUUGGCUCAAUAAUCUUCUUUCCUCAAGGUAAUUACAAGGGUACAGAGGGCAACAACACGGGAGGAGAGAGAUACCACGAAGGAAUUGUAACCUCUUCUCAGAUAAGUGGGAACACCAAGCUGAUAAGCGGGCACCAUACCAAGGGAGCAGAAGACAGUAAAUGGGUUACAUAUCGAGAUUAUUCUUACGAAUUCACCAAUUUACCACUGAAAAUGAUUCGGAUGGCACCUUCAGCAAUGGAUGCUCUCCAGGCUGCAAAACAGUGAGAUUAUGCGAAUACACAAAUUUUCUAUGCUUUUCAAAAAAAGUGGCCGUCCUUUUUACCUGGUUUUAAUUACUAACUUGAACCAUGAUUUCUUUGGAAACAAUUUGCAAAAUUUUUUAUUCAAAAAUCUGCUCAUAGUUGUAUAAUAGUUUUGACAGUGACUAUAUAGGUAUAUUUAUGUCAACAUGUCUGUAUAAUUAUUUUACAAUUAAUUUUUUUCUGCUCGUUCAAAAACUUCUCGUACUAUACAAAUUUGUACCGGGGUAUGGGACUUUAUCAAACUACAUUGAUCUGGUGGGCCUUGCCCAUUUGGCCUGAGUCCAGCCACUAGCUUGUCGAUCGUAUCACUGUAUUGAAUCGUUGAGCAACAAAUUGAAUCAAAUUCACUGAAUUUAAUGGCCGAGGUCUGUUGAGUAGGCUAAGAUCUACUUUUCGCUUCCUCUUCGCAUAGAGGCUGACUGUGCUAGCACAUGUUAAUUCAUACCUCGAUGCUACGAGGAGGCUGAAAGAACUAAAAUCGGAGUUCGCCUUGUAUCCCCAAUAUGUAUUCAAACCUCCCAUUCGACAAAUAGGCAAAAUAUCAUAUUAUGUUUAUGACCAUAAUGUGCAGAAGAAAAUCUUAUCGCCAGUGCUUUUACGAAACGUUAAAUCGAACUACAUGUUUUCAAAUGAAUAUCUCUGAAAGGUCUUUAAAAUAUUAUUAUUUUCAGUCCAUUUGACAUGGAAUCAUCAGGCCUCAAUAAAAUUAUCUUGGGAUAUUUCAAUGAUUUGCUUAACCCUGUCUUUUGCAACCGUUUGCAAAUGACGUAUCUUUGAGUUCCCGCUAAAAUUUGCUUUAAUUCGAAUGCAAAAUCGAUUAUCGAAGUCACUGAAUACUGCCGCAUAACAGCAUAUUUGUCAUUCUAUAAUGGGCAUCAAAAAUGAAUUGAACUUACAAUAAGUUUUUAAUUUUUUAACGGGAUUAAGCCAUCUGACUGCAACUUUUCAAUCGGCAGUGUAAUUGCAUACACAAUGGAAUGGAAGUUUUGAAAGUGGUCGCACAUUGUUUUGUAUUAAAAACAAGAAAAUAUACUAGAGUAUUUAUUUCUAUCUACGAAAUUAUUUUGAGUAUAUAACUGAUUUAAAUAACGGUUCAAAUAACGCACAAUUGAACUGAAUGAUAAUUUCCCAUACACACAGCCCAGAGGAAAAAAACUAAAUUAUGGACGUCAGAGGGAAAAAUUCUUUAACUUUUAUCUGAAAAGUUCAGUAAUUCGUAACCUCUAAAAGCAUUUGACUGACUAAUUUUCUCAAUUGUACUUUAAAACCUACCACAAAACAAAAUUAAACCAUAGCGAAUAUGAUUACGGCUUAUGAAAAGCACUUCUGAACAACACAAAAUAUUCAAAUUCAUUUUAGUUGUCGUCAUAACCAAACACUGCUAUACAUGAAAACAACCCUUCCAAUUUUGUAGGCUUCGUAGGGUCCAGUCCCUUCCUGAGUUACACGUGCUGGUCACGCCCACCUGGAAUUACACACAAGUCUUACCCGUAUAGUCAAAUUUUGCGAUUAAGCCUGGUUCAUAGUUCUGAACUUAUUAGCGUACGCUAAAUUCUGCACAAGGGUAAGCUUUGAAGCAUACGCCUUUUCAUCUUGCAUAUCCAAAAAGCGUGAACACGUACGUUUUCCGCAUGUCCAUGCGGGAAGCUUGAAACAAUGUGCCAUAAGCUUUUUCAGUUGAUAGUUUCCAGACAUGCCGUCGAGGAAUGUUCCUCUUGCCCUUCUACUUGUACGGAGAAAAAAGAAAAGGAACAGCAGAACAUGCUGGUAUGUUCUACCUACAAAUACUUUGCGAACCGUUUGCGGGAUCGUGCCGUCAUUGUCAACGAUUUGCGUUCGAUGUCAAUGAUUCAGGUAUAAAUAGCCAUUUUUCUUGCUCCUGUCCAAGAAUUAAAUAUUUCCCCCAAUUCCUUACCCUGGGUUUCAGACCGACGUUCCUCUAGCAAGGAAUCAUACAUGUGGGGGUAUUUUUGUAUCUCUUCACAAAGUUUUCCUUCAAAGUCAGCCAUUGCUAAGAAAUUUUCCGUACGGAAGGCAAAAAAGUUGAAGAUUUCUCGAUAAGUUCAAGGCAUACGGGUUUGUGGAAAACAGGAUAAACUUCCGUUUUCCGUAUGCCUAAGAUAUGGGGCAAAAUCUAGCGUACGCUAGGCAAGCCGACACAAAAUAAGCUAGCGCCUCCCACAGAGAAAUAGGGCGUACGGGUAUAAGCAUGAGUUAAAAUUAUCGCUUGAAAAAAGUUGAUGGGUUUUAAGAAAAAUACGAAAUGCAACAAGCGAAAAUUUCUCUGCUUAAACUUC